AUGUUUCGUCGACGAUUUCGGAUGCGAAAAGAUGUUUUUCUCCGAAUCGUAGGGGACCUAUCAAGAAGUGACGAUUACUUCACUCAACGAUAUGACGCAGCUAAUAAAGAAGGUAUAUCUCCAUUAGCGAAAUGUACCACAGCCAUGCGAAUGUUAGCAUAUGGUAUGGCGGCCGACGCAGUUGAUGAAUACAUCAAAAUUGGAGGCACAACAGCUUUGGAGUGCUUGCGUAGGUUCUGCAAGGGAAUCAUACAAAUGUACGAGCAAGUGUAUCUCAGAGCCCCAACUGAAGAUGACCUGCAAAGAAUUUUGCAUGUUAGUGAAAUGCGAGGGUUCCCGGGGAUGAUUGGGAGUAUUGAUUGCAUGCACUGGGAAUGGAAAAAUUGUCCUAAAGCGUGGGAAGGACAAUAUACUCGGGGAGAUAAGGGAACUACCACUGUUAUUCUUGAAGCGGUUGCAACCCAUGAUCUAUGGAUCUGGCAUGCUUUUUUUGGAUGUCCAGGCACAUUGAACGAUAUAAACGUUCUAGAUCGUUCACCAGUGUUCGAUGCUGUUGAACAAGGAAAUACUCCAAAAGUUAACUUCUUCGUGAACCAACGACCUUACAAUAUGGCGUACUAUCUAGCUGACGGUAUUUAUCCUUCUUAUCCUACUUUUGUCAAAUCGAUUAGGCUUCCUCAAAGUGAACCGGACAAGUUAUUUGCACAAGUUCAAGAGGGAUGUUGA